AUGACACCAUCAGUCAUUACACCACCGAACAUAACACCAUCAGUCAUUACACCACCGAACAUAACACCAUCAUUCAUUACACCACCGAACAUAACACCAUCAGUCAUUACAACACCGAACAUGACACCAUCAGUUAUUACACCACCGAACAUAACACCAUCAGUCAUUACACCACCGAACAUAACACCAUCAGUCAUUACACCACCGAACAUGACACCAUCAGUCAUUUCACCACCGAACAUGACACAAUCAGUCAUUACACCACCGAACAUGACACAAUCAGUCAUUACACCACCGAACAUGACACCAUCAGUCAUUACACCACCGAACAUAACACCAUCAGUCAUUACACCACCGAACAUAACACCAUCAUUCAUUACACCACCGAACAUAACACCAUCAGUCAUUACAACACCGAACAUGACACCAUCAGUCAUUACACCACCGAACAUAACACCAUCAGUCAUUACACCACCGAACAUAACACCAUCAGCCAUUACACCACCGAACAUAACACCAUCAGUCAUUACAACACCGAACAUGAUACCAUCAGUCAUUACACCACCGAACAUGACACCAUCAGUCAUUACACCACCGAACAUGACACCAUCAGUCAUUACACCACCGAACAUAACACCAUCGGUCAUUACACCACAGAACAUGACACCAUCAGUCAUUACACCAUCGAACAUAACACCAUCAGUCAUUACACCACCGAACAUGACACCAUCAGUCAUUACACCACCGAACAUAACACCAUCAGUCAUUACACCACCGAACAUAACACCAUCAGUCAUUACACCGCCGAACAUAACACCAUCAGUCAUUACACCACCAACCAUUACACCAAUAAUUUAUUAA